AUGUAUAAUAAAGAAUCAUUAGAUAGAGGAAAUUUUUCUGUUUCAGGAUUUUCUUCAACAUCCAUUUAUAAUAAUUAUGAAUACAAUAUUAGGACAGGUAAUAAUACAUCAUUGAAUGAUUUAGUAAAACAUAAUGCCAUUUUACAACAUAUGCCUAUGUUUGAUUAUCAUAAUACUGUGAAGAAUACUUUUGUAACAUCAAUACCUACAACUUUAACUAUUAAGAAAGCAUUUAUUAAAAGAAUACGUAAAAAAUUUAAUAAAAAUGGUAAAUUAAAAAUUUUUAAUAAAAGUACCAAAAAACAGGAUAGUAUUUUAAAUUUACCUGAAGAGGAAAAAAAAAUUAAUUUUAGUGUUCUUCUUAAUGAUUCACUUACUAAGAUGGGUUAUAUGAAAGGGUAUGAUUAUAAAUCUCAUGAAAUACGAAAAUUACAACCACAUAUAAAAAAAUUUACCAAUAAUGAUAUACAAAGAGUUGGUGUAUAUUUUAAUGAAGCAUCAAUACCAUCACUUAUUAAUGUUGAUAAUGAUAUAACACAAUAUGAAGAUAUUAAUAAAGUAACAUCAACAACAAUGAAAAUAACAACUAUUUCAAAUGAUAUUAUUGAGAAGUAUUUAAAAAGUGGUGAAUUAAAAAAUUUAAAUAGAGGAAUAACAAAUUUUGUUGAUGAAUCAAAUACUAAUUUACCAUUUACUGUAACAGAAACUUUUGAAAAAGAAUUUGACUCAUUUACAGAUAAAGAAAAACAAUCUAAAAUAAAUAAUGAUAUAAAAAAUAAAAGUAUAUUAACAUUAACGAGGACAUUAUUACCACCACUUGAAGAUAAAUCAUUAUUAAAAACAUCUAUUAAUAAUGAAAUUCAAGAGAAAGGAUUAACAAAAGAAAGCAAAGAAUAUAAACUUAUAAAGACAGAGGAUGACCGUGAUUCAUUUAAAAUGUUAAAAUACUUCAAAGAACCUCAACAACACCUAACGUUCAUAACAAAAUCUUUAAUUAAUGGAAUUGAAGAAAAUAGUGUCAAAAAGGUUAUUUCAGGUGGUAAAAAUACAAUAACUUUACCCAAUAUUUUAUUGCCCUCAUUAAAUAAAGAUAAUAUUAAUUAUAAUAAGGUAGAAAGAAUAGAAAAUACACAUGAUUCUACAUUUAUUAAUAAUGAUAAUCUACUUCUACCUAUCAAUAAUAAUAAUAAUAACAAUAAUAAAAAUUAUGCUUUUGGAUCAUUAAUACAACCAAUUAUUGAAGAAAAUUAUUAUGAUAAAUAUGAUAAAGAUUCAACCCAAAAACCAUAUAUAUUUGAUAUACCUGCACCAGUACAAUUACCAACAUCAAAAAUAUUAUCAUCAAAUUCAAAUAAUAUUAUUAAUAAUCCAAAAAUACAAGAAAAAAUUGUUAUGUUAAAAAAUUUAAACUCAAAUAAAAAUAUGAUAAUUGGGGAAAAUUUAUUAAAUUACCAUCCAAAUGAUUUGUAUUAUUUAAAUAAAAAGAAAAAUAAUGAGAUAAGAAAAGAUAAUGUUACACCAAUACAAUUUGGAAGUAUUAUAAUUGAUAAAGAAAAACCAUCAAGUAUAAUAAGGGCAUAUAAUGAUGAAGAUUACCAUUCAAAUCUUUUACUAGAAUGUUUUGAUAUUAAAGAAAAUUUUUAUAUAACUACAUUAAAGAGUAAAGAAAGAAGAAUUAAUGUAUCAGAAAAGGAAUGUGGAAUGUUUUGUGCCUCACAUUCAGAUUGUUUAUUUAUUACAUAUCAUAAAAAAUUAAAAAUUUGUGAUCUUUAUGUAAUUGAGAAUAAUAAAGAUUCAGAAAAACAUAUGUUUAUUGGUAAUGAAAAAAAAUUAAUACAAAAAUAUGGUAUUCAAUUAAAUGGAGUUAAUCUUUUUAUUCCAUUAAGAAAUAAUGGUGGUGUUGGAAAUUGUAUUAAAAAAAUAUAUGACGAAGAAAAAAAUUUAAAUAAUGAAGAUGGUUAUGUCAUUGACAGUGAAGAAUUACAAUUUAUGAAUAGUAAUAUGGGUGAAAGUAAAAUGAAAGAGAAAGAAAAUGAUAAAAAAAAAAUAAAAAAUAAAGCAUUAGGAAGUACAAUGUUUAUUGUUCAUUCUGAAAAUAAUUCUAUACCAAAAGAGUUAAUGGAAAAUUGGAAAAAUACUUUAAAUAAUGAUAAAUUAUUAAAAUUAACAAAAGAAGUAUCAUUAAAUAAUAAUAAUACAUUUUAUGAAUCAUUUUCUAUAUUUAAUCCCUGUUCUGGUGGUAAAAAAUUAUAUUAUAUAAAAAGUGAAGGACAUCAAUUAAAAGAAGAUCUGUCAAAAUCAAUCAUUCAACAAAGUAACUUAAUAGAAUGCCAAAAAGCAUGUAGUGAAAAUUUUUCUCUUGAAGGUUUCAAUAUUACAUGUUCUAGUUUUUCAUAUAAUUUUAUUAAAAAAGAAUGUCAACUACAUGAGAAUGGUUCUAAUUUUGAGAGUAGUAAUCAUUUAAUUAAAAAUGAAAAUUUUAAUCAUUAUGAAAGUGUCUGCCUUUAUGAAACAUUAGUAGAAAAAUGUCAAAAAAUAAAAAAAUAUCCAAUUAGAAAAAAACAAACAAUAUUAAUAGGUUAUGCAAUCGAUUCAUUUAAGUUUUCAAAUAUACAAGAAUGUAUGGGUAAAUGUUUAACUAAUGAAGAUUGCCAAUCAAUUACUUAUUUCCAUGAUAAUGAAGAUGAUAAUUGUGUAUUAAAUUCAGAAAAUUCAAUAUCAGAUGUUAAUAGUUUUAUAGAAGUACAAAAUCCAAAUUCAGUUGAUUUUUUUUCAUUUUCAAAUUGCCAGAAAAAAUUCUCUAAAAAUCAGAUGGGUGUUAUAUAA